AUGUUAUCAAGAUCAUCUAAUAUUGUUAAAUUAUCAAAUCCUUCAAAGAUCUUAACUAGAUCAUUACAUCAAUCUAUUAUAAGAUUAAAUGCUCAUCAUGACGAACACUCAAUUCAACAUCAAAUGGCUAAUAUUUACGGUCAUCCAAAAGAAGGUGUUUAUUCAAAUUUACCAUUCCAAGUUAAAAACAGAAAAUACAUUCCAUUUUCAGUUUGGUACUGGGGUGUUUUAGGUUUCUUUUUUGCAUUUCCAGCAUUAUCAUCAUUUUGGCAAAUGAAAAAAGCUGGUUCAUUUAAUACUGAAGUAUAA